CUUCUGACCACAACAUCCAACGACACCCAGAACUUCGGAACAUGAUCAUUGUUGUGAGAGAGAUGUACCUUUAGACGCACGCUCCUCAGACGAGGCUUGACUAUGGCCUGCUGAUAUUCAGACACGCCAAAAUGGUCACAAGUUCCAUGGGUGCUCUGCCGAUGUUGAAGCAAGCACUUUGGACGUCCCUUGCCAAAGAUGUGGCGAUGCCGCAUGGAGCUUGGUAUCUCGUCGCAUCCGCUACCUUGGCCGUCCUCAACCGCCCUCGAGAAAUACAGCAGGUGUUCACAUAUGCUUUAUCUGACCUGGAGCAUUCUCGCGACGGACCAGGGGCCCACAAGGAAAAGCUCGAAGUCUCAAGGCGGAUUCGUGAGAGUCUUGUCAAAACCUCGGCCAUUGCUGGACUACCAAAGAGCAUAAACGCUCUCAUGAGCCUCAAACAAGUCACUCCACAACAACUCCUGGACGAUGAAGCGGUCUACUCAUCUGGUUCGAGGCUUCAAGAUCUCAGCCGGAUAUCACAGGAGCAGAUCUUGUAUCGCGGACAAUCUUUCUUUGACAAGCUGUACGGGAAAUUGUCAAGAAGAGUUAUGAGGCAGAUGGAUCAAUGCGGGACACGAGAUCUCGGCGUGAUAGCGAGACUGGCAUACGGCCAUGUGCUCAGUAACACGAGCAUUUUGACGCCAAUGGAGACUUCAUUUGUCCUUAUCGCAGGUCUCAUACCACAAGAUGUGAACCCGCAACUGAAAGGCCAUCUCAGAGGCGCCAUAAACCUCGGGGCAAGCGUCGAGCAAGUGCGGGCGGUGCGGGCAGCAUCGAUCAAGGUCUGCGAGGCCUGCGGCAUGAAGCGUCUGCGUGACGACGACUCAGUGGCAAAACACGGAUGGCGCGACGAGAUUGCCGACAUCUGACGACCCCCGAGGCCGCGUCACUAUGCACGCAACUCAAAGAGCCUCGAGUCAUACCGAGAAAGUCUCCUGCAGUCACACUAUUCCAGCUCAGCGCUUACGUACAGAUCGUAUUGUCAUGGUCGACGGGCCCCUUUCUCAGCCCCCACGAGGCAGCAGCCAGCUGCGGCUGUAGGGCUGCGUCAUGCAGAUGCAGGACUGGCCUACGAGACCAGCACGACACCAAGCAACGUAUCCUCUACGGCCUCGUGUCAUUGUCUCGGCGCAGGAGCGUGGUCACCCCAUCGUAAUCCUGCUUACAUGUCUAAAGAUAGCUGGAGGCAUACGAGGGAGCACGGUCGUUGUUCGACAAAUACAUCUAGAAGGAGUGGGACUUUGACAAGCUUGGGGGUCGGCUAUGGUGAUGGCAUCGGGAACGUUACUUUGAGUCUCGGGGUC